AGAUGUCAACGUAAAAUUUGUAACGAGACCUUUACAAUGCUUUGAAAAUAUACUUUUAUGACUUUACUUAAGCUAUUAUGUCAUUUAAUCUAACUUUCAGAUGAUCGAAGUAACGAAUAGAUAGUGCCUAUAAUUAUCCUUAAUCUUAUUAAUAUUACAAAAUGUUUUCAUAUUGAAAUCUGUCAUACAUUGUAAAAACUGACAUGGGAUCUAUGAGACCAACUGGACGGUUCCUCUCUUUCACUAAUAACAUACAAAGAACACAAAAACAGUCUGUACCCAGUGGAUUUCCACAAAGCUUGUCCGGUAGUGAAACAGAUGUAUCUACAUCAAAUGAAAAUUUGUCUAGAGAGGAGCGGUAUGUUGUCAGGCACACCGCCCGAGUAGAGCCUCAGGGUCAGGAAAAUCAAACAGAACCAAAUCAUAACAGAAAUUCACUGAAGGAAAGUGUGCCAGGCAGCAAUAGAAAUUCCUUAAAAGACUCAGUCGGUGGAGGAAAUAGUAAUAGAAGUUCUUUGGAUGUAUCUUCAUCUUCUUACAACACCCUCAUCAUACACAAUCAGGAUGAUUCUUGGCCCUCUCGACCUACACCUAUUCGUGAACACGAACGAACUAGCAGUGAAGUAAAGCAUCCCACCACUCAGUCUUCCCCAUAUCACACUCUGAAGAAGAGUGAAGUAGGCAAGAAACCGAGUGGUAUACCACUGCCCAAAACGCAUAAGGAACAAGCUGUGACAACCACUGCUAAUUAUAUCGACAUUGGAGGACAGCGAAUAUACACCAGUCCUCCCGAUCACGGUGUUCAGGAAAUAAACGAAAUACCGGACGACUUUCUGAACCAGUCAUCAGUAUUAAAGCACCUAGCUAAAGAGGUCGCACAGUCACCGAGUCCACGUGGCCCCACGCCGCCGGCGUCACCACGUGCCCCCUCCGUCCCCCGAGAUGAAGCUCACAAGCCCAAAAGCAAGGGCUCCAAGUCUAAACUCAGCAAGGAGAAACUGAACUUGUCAAGAUCUCAGCCUGAUCUCACUAGCGUGGGUGUGGGCGUGCGCGCAGUACCUGGUGGGUCGGAGUCGAGCGGGUGGUGCAGCGGCGGGGAGGGGUCGCUGGAGGAGCAGGAUGACGCGUUCGCCGCCGUACUCGACGCACUCGCCGCGGAGAACCAUCAGCUCAAGCGGCAACUGGCGGACGCAUGCGAGCGAGUUGCUAAAACUACUAAGCUUGAAGAAGAAGUGGAGAAAGUUCGCACUGCGCACGAGGAGUUAGUUCGUUCGUGCGAGCGACGCGAGGGGUUGGAGCGUGCGGCGCGCGUGCGUCUGCAGGCCGACUGUAGACGAAUGCAGGACCUCAACCGGGCCCUCAAACAACAGGUCGGUACAACACUAGUAUGUUUCGUUCAUUGGGACAGGCGAAGGAACUAAAAUAUACUGCCAUAUCUUAAGUAUGGUUUUGUAUAUGUAUUUUAUGAGGCAAAGCCCAAUCAUAUCUUAAUUCUUGACUUGAUGUUGUUAUUGGCAGUGAAAUCUUUAUUAUAAUUUUCAAGGCAAGUAGCCAAAACUUGUUUUAAAUUACAGGCUGGACUAUUGGCUCUGGCCUAUAAGUUUGUAGUAUUAUACAUCUUAAUGUGACAUUCUCAGUAGUGGUAGUUCAUUUUCAUUCUAUCUAUGGCAGGGGUUCCCAACCUUUCCUUGAUGGGGGACCACUUGUUUAUUUUAGUUGUACUAUUUACUACUUUAAUUGUACUAUGAUGUAGGUAUAAAAAACAAAUUAAAAAUAUAAUCUAAACUAAUAAAAAUAUAGGCAUUACAUUAUCUCAAUUGUUUUAGGUGGAUUUGCUAUCACAAGGUGUACGAACCGAGAAUGACAACAGUGCAGAAGCGUUGCGCAAAGAGCUACAAAACAGGGAGAUGCUCAUUGCGCAGCUUAUAACACAAAAUAAAGAGCUGGCUUGCGCAAAAGAACGUCAGGAAAUAGAGAUGGCGGCACAGCGCGCCACGCUGCAAGAACAGCGCACCCACAUCGAUAUACUAGAUACAGCGCUCACCAACGCGCAAGCUAACGUUGUGCGGUUAGAGGACGAGUGUCGCCACGCGAGCGGAUACGUGGAGCGAGUGCUCGGCCUGCAGAGGGCGCUCGCGUCGUUGCAGCAGGCCUCCGACCGCCGCGAGCACACCGAGCGAAAGUUGCGCGCGCAACUGGAGAAGGAGCUGCAGACGCUCAGGUAUAUACUAUCUAUACUAACAUUAUAAAGCUGAAGAGUUUGUUUGUUUGAACGCGCUAAUCUCAGGAACUACUGGUUCGAAUUGAAAAAUUAUUUUAGUGUUGAAUAGAGCAUUUAUCGAGGAAGGCUUUAGGCUAUAUAACAUCAUGCUGCAACUAUAAGGAGCGAAGAAAUAAUGGAAAAUGUGGAAAGAACGGGACAAAUUAUUCAUUUUUGAGGGCUUCCGUUGCGUGCGCUGCGAAAACGGUUCAAGAUAUCAAACAUAUAUGUAUGAAAGAAUUAUUCCUAUUGAAAUGAUCUAAAAAAUGUCGUCGACAAAAUAUGUCUAUCUUUUAAGAUUAACUCACUAGAACCGUUUUUAUGGUAAUCAAAUUUGGUCGAAAUUAAUGUAUUAUUUGUUAAGAUUUGUAUCAACGUAAUAAUAUUAACGUAUAAUACAAACCACGCGGGCGAAGCAGCUGGCGAAAAGCUAGUAUACUAAUACCUCCUAUCUAUACAAAUUUUGACAUCUAAGAUUCAUAUACGGCCAGUUGCACUGUAACGGUGUGCUGUACCACCGUUUAUUUCAUCCUAGGUUUCAGCAUGCAAACGUUUUGUCUUUGAUAUUCAACAUCAUUUACUUUUAUUAUUCAUCUAUUGUAAUUUGAAAAUUUUGAGCAAUCAAAAUAUACUCUUUAUGAAUGUUAAUUCGUAAAAAAUUCGUCUGUUGUAAACAUGCAAAUCACACAUAUUGUAAAUCGAAUAAAUUGAAACAUAAAAUUUUAUUAAUAAAGUGUUGUGAUUAAAAUAAAAAUUAUAUAAUAUAAUAAAAGUAUAUCCUGAAACUCGGACGAUUCAAGUUUUUAUUAAGAAACCUUUUAGAUUUAGAUUUAUUUGAAUAAAAUAAAUCCGUUCUCAAGCUAGUCAGCCUUUUAUUAUUUGCCCAAGCAUCGAAUCCGUCACUGCACAAAUGUCCAUUAAGGUUUAAUGGCUCCUUUAAGCUAUAAUGUUGAAUUUGUUUGGGUAAUGCCACUGUAAACUAAUGAUAAUUUUAAUGGCUGAUAAUGUAUUAGGAAAUUAAGCGUUUCAAAACUUUUUUAUUAGUUUUCACUGUGCCUUUUAUACUUCUUCGUCCGCGUGGAAAUACGUAAAAAGUGAUCCAUAGAUAUAGAUACGUGAAUGAAUCUAUCGACUUUACGAGCAGGAAACGAGAGUGUAACUGCGGCGGCGGCGGCGUCGGGCAGGCGGGAGGGGGCGGGGGCGCGGGCGGCGGAGAGGCGGAGCUGAGGCGACAGCUGCGGGAGCGAGACGAACGACUGCUCGCGCUCGAGGGGGAGUGCGCCAAGUGGGAACAACGCUAUCUGGAGGAGGCCGCGCUCAGGCAGGCCGCCGUCUCGGCGGCGUCUAUACCCAAGUACGUACUACUGGCAGUACUGGCGGGAGGUGACAGCUACGGGAGACAAAACAGUUGUAUACACGCUACACACAAAAAAAGAAUCGCUAACUUUUUUUUUAUUCAAAAUGCUGAAAAAAUCCAAUUGGUCCCUGGCACUCUGAGAGGGGAUUCGAACCUUUCGCAAUCCGGGCGACUGCUCUAACCACUGAACUACCCAGGAUCUAACAGGACUGACGAAUAUUUCGAGAACUUUUUACUUUUCGCUUUUUUUGCCAGGGACCAAGUGGAUUUUUUAAGCAUUCUGUAUUAAGAAUAAUUUUCAGUAUAGCAUUGUGAAUGCGAAAUUAAUCAAAUAUAAAAAGUUAUAGAUGUUUGAAAAUAUAUUAAUAUCGAUACCUCAAAUUAGAAAAUUUUGAAGAUGUAAACUUGAAUGAAUCUUCUUCGAUCAGGGAUGCGAAAAUAGCAGCGCUCGAGAAGACCUCCGCGGAAUCUGAGAGGCUGAUGGCUGAAGCGCGCAGUGAGAAGAUACGGCACAUGGACGAGCUGCACCUCGCACAGAAAAAAGUUGCCGAUCUGGAGAGCAGGGUGAAGGAGCUCGAGUCUAAAGUAGCGGAGCGUGACGCCAUGAUCAAGGUGUUACAGAAACAUACAAGCUCGGCGUACGACAGCGGCACCUCACUCAGAAAUAACUCCAGUAGAGAGGAGCUUGUCGGUCUAUCGUCUGGCGCAUCGUUCUCGAGCGCGGAGGGCGUGGGCGGCGUCGCUCGCUACCGACAUCUAGCGAGACGCAACUACUCGCCACACAACGAUAACGCCAGCGGAUGCGGAUUCGACAGUUCGUCUUUAAGGCUGGAGUCACAGUUGGCGGCGCUAGAGUCGCGGCUGGAACGGCCGCCCGUGCCCGCCGUGAGUUAUCGCCAGCCAGAUACGCGCGCGCAUGCUUCCUACUACUGACAUACCAACUCGCAUACAUACACACAUCGCUCACUGAAUUGUACAGUGGCACAAAUCAAAAACCAUUUUUUGGAGAAAACGCCACAACAUUGUGGUAGCAUCCCAUAGAUAAUUUAAAGAAAAAAAAAACUUGACAGUAAGAAUACAAACGAUUUAACUGUUAUGCUAAAAAAAAAUGAUUUUCAUAAUUAUAAAUAUAUUAAAUUUUCAAAACUUCGGAGAGCGUUUCUCGAAAUAUGAUUUUUGAGUUGUGCCACUGUACUAUUCAGUGAGCGAUAUAGAGAAAUAAACAACACACACGGGCACAGAAUCUGUUUACUUUCUAAAUCAUUUAGCGCUCAUAUCCUGGUUGAGGGACCAAUUAUAUAAAAAUAUUCUUGUAUUCGAACGAUUUCAAAAAAUUACCGUAUGAACAAUUUUUCUAUAAAAUUUACCCUGCGUGCAAUAAAUUAAUGAAAUUGAAAGAAAUAUACUAUAUUUUUCUAUGUAUAAAUUUUGGAUUAUACAGACCAAUUACGAUUUUAGUCUGUAGUUUAGGAGAAUGAAAGACGAAAACUUAUUAUUAAAAAUAAAUUUUACGGAUUCAUUAUUCACACAAAUCAGUAAGUAGCUGGAAUCCAUUGUCAUUAUUUUGUUAAAAGUACGUCUUCAGCAUAUACAAGAAGACAAUAUUUUUAAAUCUCUAGAAACAAUGUGACUUGAGCAACCAUAAUAGCGUCCGAAUUUCGCGUCAUGAGGUCAACAUUCCGACGAAUGAUUUCAUUUCCUAAUUAACAUUCCUACACUGAUGUACAAAUAAACAAUCCGAAGACGCUUAGUUUUAUGUUUUGUGUGACUAGAAUGUGUUGAAGUGGUUUUUUAGACUAAAAACAGCUUUUUAACCCAUCAAUAUGUGUUGCCUAACGUUGCGUGUCCACUAAAUGGGGUUCCGCAAUCGAUCGAUUGUAAUAUAACCAAACUACUGUCUUAAUGUUAAUGAUCGUCUUAGAUGUAGACGUUUAAAAUUUACGUUUAAUGAGCUAUUAUAAAUCUGUUGUUAGAUAUUCUUCUAUUUUCUAUCGAAAUGUAUAUUUCUUUACAUAUUUCAAGGGUUGGGAAUGUGCUGAAUAGUGGAACCGAUGUUACACGGCUUACAAUGUAAUUUACGCAGAAUAUCAUGGUUUGAACAUGUAUGUAUGAUGUCUUAGAGUAAAUAUAGUUUUGAUAUGUAUUUUAUAAUCAUGUUUCGAUGAUAACUAGUGCCUAUUGAGGCACUAGUCACCAUUGGGUGACUUUAUAUUAUUUGAUGUAAACUUAAUGAUAUUGGUGCCAAUUAUAGUAAUAAGUUGUAUCUUAAGAAUCUCUAAUUUUCAUAUAUUUUUUAUAAAUUCACACUCCACUAGUUAUGAUCCUAGUCCGUUCGAUUUAAUAUUUAAAAUGGUGCUUUAUAUUCGGGCCAUUAUUUAUUUUUUUCUGAUCGAGAUAUGAUCGUUUUACGAUUGCUAAUAAUUUAUUACGAUGAAAUUUAGGGAUUGUAAAAAUUAUUUAUUCUAUAAGAGGAGUGAUGCGUUGAUUACA